AUGCAAGAAAGAGGGCACAGAAGAGGCUGGAAGAAGAAUUGGAAAAAUGAAGAAAAUCAAGAAAAGCGCCAUGAACCAAAGAAAGAUAUUACCUGUUAUAGCUGUGGCGAACCUGGUCAUAUAUCUCAGUUUUGUCUAUCAGAAAAAGCCCCCAAGAAGGAAAGUGAGGAUAAAAACAAGGCUAAUUACGUAGAAGUAGCCACAUCCUACAUCGAUAAUGAUGGAUGGGAAGAUGAGGUCUAUACCUUAGGCGAAAAUAGAUACCAACCUUACGAAGGAAACAGCAAAAAAGUAGCACAGGCCCAACUAGAAGCUCGGUGGGAAAAUCAGUUAAGGACUCGUAGAAACGUCACAUCACCCCCCUUGGUAAACCUAAAAGCUCCUGAU